UCUCUCUAUCGUAUCUGAAUACCCACGAAAUCAUCUCUCCCUCUCCCUCUCCCUCUCACACACACACACACACACACACACACAACAUAGUACAUGAAUCUCUAAUCUCUCUCUAGUCUCUAUCUUUCCCUUUUUCUUUCUCUUUUUCUCUCACACACAAAUAGUAUAUACACCCGCAUACAUACAGACGCGUUGCUGGAGCAUGCUCGCAUGACAUGACCUAUUGAAGGGGCGACCAUGCCAACAUCAGCGUCGACGCACCGGCCGGAGGACCUGAUUGCGCGGCUGAGCUCCGCCGCCACCGACGGCGAGUCCAAGCUUAAGGCCCUGAGGGAGCUCAAGAACCAGAUCAUCGGCAACCGCACCAGGAAGCUCUCUUACAUCAAGCUCGGCGCCGUCCCCUCCGUUGUCUCUAUUCUCUCCUCCUCCGCCGACUGCCACGGCGGCGACUCUAUUUCACUCCUCCUCCAGUCCGUCGCCGCCCUUGGAAGCUUCGCUUGCGGCGUCGAUGCCGGAGUCAAGGCGGUUCUUGACGCUGGAGCUUUCCCUCACCUCUUUGGUCUCAUCUCCCAUCCCAACGACAAGGUUGUGGAUGCUGGUGCUCGCUCCCUUAGAAUGAUUUAUCAAUCAAAACUGGCUCCAAAGUAUGAUUUUCUUCAGGAGAAAAACAUGGAAUUCUUUCUUUCACUUUUAAAUAGCACGAACGAAAAUGUUACUGGACUUGGUGCAAGUAUCAUAACACAUUCUUGUGGGACAAGCAUAGAGCAGCAGGCAUUGAGUGAUGCUGGAGUACUAAAGAAGCUAAUUUGUCUUCUUGGAGGUUCCCUAAGCCAGAGAGACGCUAGUUUAGAGUCUUUAGCCACAAUUCUCAAAGAUAAUCCUGAAAUCGUUUCAAAGUUUGUGGGACCUGAAAUUGGAAGAGGAUUGAGUGCUGUAACUGAGUUGAUAAAGGAUAGGAAUCCCCGGACAAGAUUGCUUGCAUGCAUGUGCCUGAUUAUUAUAAGGAAUACCUCUCCUUGCUAUCUGGAAGAUGUGGGAAUUGAAACCAAAUUGAUAUUAAUCUUACUUGAGCUUCUUGAUAAUCCUGGUCAAGUUGGAGAUGAAGCUGCCUUUGCUUUAUCUAGUUUGAUUGUGGAAAAGGAGGAUAUGCAAAAGUUAGCAUUUGAGGCAAAUGUUGUCGAUAAACUCUGCAACCAUUUGCAGAAAGGUCCAUUGCAGACCAAACGCCAUCAAGGAAUAUUGCUAGCAUUGGCUGAUCUAUGCUCCAAGUUAGAAAGCUGCAGGUCUAGGCUCCUAUCAUUGCAGGUCCUGAACUUGGUAACUGAUGCACUAGCUCAUGAUAGUGCUGAUGUACGUGCUGCGGCUUGCAUUUGUUUAAGAAGUGUUUCUCGGUCAGUUAAGAAUCUGAGUGCAGGUCAGUUUAUGAAUGAAAUUAUUGUCGUUCCCUUGGUUCAGCUUUUAUAUGACACAUCUACAUAUGUCCAGGUUGCUGCUCUUGGUGCUGUUAGCAACAUAGUGGUUGAUUUUACAACCCAGAAGUCCACAUUCAUACAAUGUGGAGGUGUAAAGCAGCUUGUUCAGCUAUCAAAAUCAAUGGAUCCUAUGAUUAGGGUAAAUGCUGUAUGGGCUUUGAGGAACUUGACGUUCCUUAAGGAUAAUAGGUGUAAAGAAGAAAUUUUUUUGGAGCUCACAGUAUCUACAUUAGCCAGCCUCAUCUGUGACCCUGAGCCUUCUGUCCAAGAGCAAGCUUUGGCUCUUGUGCGGAAUCUUGUUGAUGGAUUAAUAGACUCUGUUGAGUAUGUCUUUGCUGAGGAUGGUCUUAUAUUACGCGCUGUAGGAAGGCAAUUGCACACUGCUUCUAAAGCUGAUGUUUUGAUUCAGGGAAUGUACGUGUUCAACAAUUUGGCAUCUGGGAAUGAGUUUCACAAGGAAGCAGUUAUGGAUCAACUUUUUACACAAGCCGGCAACUGCACCCAAUCAAUUAUGAUCAAGUUUUUGCAGAGUAAUGACAGCCAAUUACGUACGGCUGCUGUCUGGACUUUGGUAAAUCUCACCUUCCCAAGCACUCCUGGUGCCUUUGGUCGGAUUUUGAAACUACGAAAUGCGGGCAUUGUUUCUCAGUUAAAGAAUAUGGUUAACGAUCCCUGCCCGGAUGUAAAGCUUCGUGUAAAAACAGCACUUGCGCAAUCUACUCCUUCAGUUGAUGGCUCGACAUGAAUAUUUGCCAUUUGGUUGAACUCAGAGCCAAAGCAAGAGAUUUUGAUGCAGGUUGGUGCUUUGGCCUCACCACAAUUUGUAAAAUAUCAUAAUCACUUCCACCAACAGCCUACAACAACAUGGUAUGCAUCAGUCAAGGUUUGUAUUGACGUUUUUAUGGUCAUACCAUUUGGGGCAUUUGUUUUGUACCAUUGUGCCAGUUGAAAUGAGCUCUAUUUAUAUUACUUUAGGGAAAUAAGUAGUAAUCUUAUUAUAUCAUAUGAGUGGUGCAAGUUCAAGAAAACUUGUAAUUACCUUUUGCGUGAAUGUUUAUAGAACGGUUUUUGAAUCUUACAUCUGCAACCAUGUAUUGUGAAGUAAUUUUGUUUACCUUGUAUGCCUAAGCGAUUUAUUAAUUUCACGGGUUAUUUUCCCA